AUGAUGGAACAGAGGCCGAAUUCCAAUUUGUAUCCGUCGAACUUGACGGACCUUCUUGCUGUGUCGGCGUACCAACAGAACGUUGACCGACUGUCGGCGAUAUCCGACGGCGAAGACAAGUUCAACGCCGACCCUUACGCCGACAAUGUGGACCGUUUCGCCGAAAACGCCGACAGGUCUUCAUCGCCUGUGUCUACCUUGGAUGAUGGGGACAGCAGUCAGUCAGCUUUCGGAGUUGACUUGACAGGAAAGGGGACGAAUUUAGCAGGAAAAUCUUUCACUAUUGCAGCCAUUUUGGGUUUGACGAAUGGUGAUGAAGAUGUGAUGAACCUGAGUGUUCAGGAGAGGUUGCAGCAGAAUCAGAGGCAGCUGCAGAAUUAUUUGUAUGCUGGUCAUGAUGUUCAGCGACUGAAUGAUGGCUUCUGUCGGAGUAUGGUUGGCGUGCCGACGGCUUUAAGACAAGACAGUCCCCGGCCCGACAUGAGGCCGCAAGUAGGCCAGAUGAAGACCUCCAGAAGUCACUCCAUGACGUGUUCCAACAGCUCCGGCAGAAGUAAGAGGAUACGAACAAUAUUCACUCCAGAGCAGCUAGAGAGACUGGAAGCCGAGUUCGAGAGGCAGCAGUACAUGGUGGGGCCCGAGAGACUGUAUCUAGCUCAUGCUCUACAACUGACAGAGGCACAGGUGAGCUUACGAACAAUAUUCACUCCAGAGCAGCUAGAGAGACUGGAAGCCGAGUCCGAGAGGCAGCAGUACAUGGUGGGGCCCGAGAGACUGUAUCUAGCUCAUGCUCUGCAGUUGACAGAGGCACAGGUAAAAGUCUGGUUCCAAAAUCGGCGCAUAAAAUGGCGGAAACAUCAUUUAGAGGUUACCCAGCAAAGACUAGCAGUGUUGCAAAGACACCAGCCUCACGACCGAGAUGAUGACAUUUAAACCAAAGUCACUAAACACUCAUAAUGGGUGGGAUCUCUAACAAGAAGUCACAUUGGAAAAACAUAAAGUGGUUCUGGAAACUGCGAUAGUGCAUCUGGAAUAUUCAGAAGGUUUCCUGGAAACCGCAAAAGUGGGACUGGAAUAUCGAAUAGUGAGAUUGGGUAGUGGAAAAGUGUAAUGAUAUUUUGGGAUUGUGUAAAUAAGGACAAUUUAGUUAUGUUUAUCUGACAAUGAGUGUAUUAGUGAGAUAUGCACAAAUCAAGUGAUGUGACUAUUUAGUAUCGUGGUGAUAAGUGCAAGUUAUUUAAACCGACUGCGACAAAAUAUAGAGAAAACUAUUAAAGAAAAAACGACCCUCGAAAUACUCAAACUUUACUUAACUUUAAGUUCCAUUUUAAAAGUAUUUGUGUAGCACUACAUUGAAGUUAUUUUGACUGCAGAAAGUGUCUUGCCCAUAAUGACAUACAGUUUCUAUAUUCAGGAAAAUAUGGACUGCGAAAGUGAGUGUUUUUCAAACUUAUGAAUUACACAAAAUGUUUUGAUUUACUUAUACCAAGCUAUGAACCAAAUUGUGAAGAUACGGUUAUUGUGUGAAGAAAUCAGAUUGUCAUUAUCUGCCUAACCAUUUGCUAACUAUGUUAUGGUCGGCUUGCAGUUUACCCGGAUGCAGCUGAGUACCAGUGUUUUACAAGCAGCGAAUUCCUAUCUGAUCUCCUCAACCCAGUUACCUGGGAAGAAAGCAGUUUGUAUUGUUUUAUUUUAUCUAUUUUUUUGCGAAGUAAAACUGCUAGAAUGUGUUCUGUGUUCGCGUAUAAAGUUUGCAGAUACUCUUAACCUGUUUUUGAAAGUUCCGUUUGCGCAAUGACCGUAUCCUUUUUUAAGUUCUAAUUUAAUGUAGACGCACUAAAAGUAAGUAUGUAUUUUAAAUCUAUUUCUAAGUGUACAUUCUCUAGUCAUUAAAAUAAACUCAGUUUUAAAUAUCCACUGUUUUUCUUUUAUAUUUUCUUUUAUCUUCGCUCCUAUUUGGAUAGUUUGUUCUUCACCGCUUCUUCUUUCCAGCUAUAACACUAGGAAGUGGAACGGGGGGUGUUUUAGGAGUGCUAUCAUUUUGUAAUAUUGACGUUAAAAAGAG